CCCAGCGACUUUUUCCCAGAAUCUCAAAUGGGUCACGGAAAGUUCUAGUUUCAGGAAUCCUGAUUCUGUUCCUUUUUAUGAGCAGCUAAACCCUUCCACACUCCCCACCCCGCACCUCAGCUUUGUUUUCUGCUUGAAAUGAUGAUGAGUGGGAUAUGUCUAAGGCGUUCACCUGCCUUACCUUUUUAUCAUUCUCCGACACAGCACUGAGGACAGCCCAGAAACGCUAGAGUAGGUCAGGGAGCAGGGAACAGAAGCAGGGACCAAAGACCCAUUAGAUGUCCUGAGAGACCAGGACCCCAUGAUCUUCAUGGCCAUGGAGGACCCACAAAAUGAUAAUGAGAGCACAAAGAUUGUUUGAAUGUGGAGGUCAGAAGUGAUGCAUUGCAAGGAAAGGGGCUAAAAUGAAAGCUUCUCCAGGAAAAAAAAAAAAGUGGGCUAAGAAAACAGCUAUAGGGAUUGUAGUCCAGACAGCAGGAAAAGCUGCUCUAUUUUUCUAAAUAAAUCAGUAAGACUUGGCUCACGGGGAGGGGGCCAGGAAGAGACCCAUGAGCCAUCACCACCUCUCCUGGCCCACCCUCUAACUUCCACCUGACCCUUCCUCCCUAACAGGACCGCACUCCCCAAGCUGUCCCUACCCCUGCCACAGGUGCCUCUGGGCAGGCUGUGCAUGGACAGCCCCAGCAAUGCCACCACGCCCUGCGGCUUUCUCCUGCAAGGCUUCUCAGAGUUCCCACACCUGAGGCCUGCACUCUUCCUGCUGCUGCUGGCUGUACAUCUCGCCACCCUGAGCGGGAACCUGCUCAUCUUGGUGGCCGUGGCCUCAGUGCCCAGCCGGCCGCCCAUGCUGCUCUUCCUGUGCCAGCUGUCAGCCAUCGAGCUCUGCUACACGCUGGUGGUGGUGCCCCGCUCCCUGGCCGACCUCACCAUGCCUGGCCAAAGCAGGGGAAGCCCCAUCUCCUUCCUGGGCUGUGCAGUUCAGAUGCAGAUGUUCGUGGCACUAGGAGGGGCGGAGUGCUUCCUGCUGGCCGCCAUGGCCUAUGACCGCUACGUGGCCAUCUGCCAUCCGCUGCGCUAUGCAGCUGUGGUGACCCCAGGAUUGUGCGUGAGACUGGCCCUGGCCUGCUGCCUCGGGGGCCUAGCCGUGUCCGUGGGGCUCACAGUGGCCGUCUUCCACCUGCCCUUCUGUGGCUCCCGCCUGCUGGUACAUUUCUUCUGCGACAUCACAGCGCUCCUGCACCUGGCCUGCACGCGGAGCUACGUAGACGAGCUGCCCUUACUGGGUGCCUGCCUGGUGCUGCUGCUGCUGCCCUCAAUGCUCAUCCUGGCCUCCUACUGUGCCAUCGUCGCCGCCCUGCGCCGCCUGCGCUCCGCCAGGGGCCAGCGCAAGGCCGCCUCCACCUGCGCCUCUCACCUGGUAGUCACCUUCCUGCACUAUGGCUGUGCCACCUUCAUGUACGUACGGCCCAAGGCCAGCUACUCCCCACGGUUGGACCGCACGCUGGCGCUGGUCUACACCAACGUCACACCGCUGCUCUACCCACUUAUUUACAGCCUGCGCAACCGCGAGAUCACCACUGCCAUCCGCAGAGUGCUGGGGCGCCGGCAACCAACCCAAGCCGUGGGUCAGGGUCUGUGUGAGCUGUGACAGCAGACAUGGCCCAAGCCAGAGUGGGAAGUUCCGCUCCAUACUGUCUACCAUGAGGUGUCUGUAUCGGGAAGGCUAGCGUGCAGAAUGGGAGUGGGGAGUGGUGCGGCACUACAAAUCUUAUUUCUGAAAAGAGAACUUGAAAACAUGUCCCUGCAAAGGGCACCUUGCCCCAUCGUCUCCCCCUCCCUUGGGAGUAGCCAAGACAAUGUAGUACAGAGCUCUGGACCUGGAUUCAGUGGUUCUACAAAAAUCCGUUGAGGACUUUCAAUAACCUGGAACCUACACAAAAUAGUGGACUUGCAGUGAUGAAGCAGGCACAACUCAUGGCCUCGGGACCCUCCAGCAGGGGUGAGAGGGACAGAUGUGAGUAGACAGGGGCUAGAUGGAGUAGCUCAGAGGAAGCGCUUCCUUCCAGACUGUUUGAAGCCUAACCAAAGUCGGGGGAAAUUUGUUGGGGAGAAAUGAUAGCUAAGUGGAGAACUAGAGGAUGAGCAGGGGGUAAACCAGGUGAAGAGAAGGAAGAAGAAUGUUCCUGAGAACUGGUUGACAGGGACUCGGAUACCUGGAAGACAACUUGCAAACAGCUGAAGGAUUUGAGUUCAUGAAGUGGUCAGUGACUUGCCCUUGCAUAAUCACUCAGGCUGCAGGAUGGACUGGAGAACCACCUGGGAACCACGAGAGAAGCCAUGGAGUGUGGUCAUUAGGGAUUCUGUUACGUGGGAAGAGUCGAGAGAUAUGCUGGAGGUGGACACUUCAAGAUAUGAGUGGAUGUGAGACAAGGAAGAAGGAGCAGUUCAGGACCAUUUCUUUUCUAGGUCAUUUGAUGGAGGAUAGAUCCUUUGCUAAGAAGAACACAGGAGCAGGUGUAAGUGGGAAGAGGGGGAUGAUGGCUCUGUUUUGAAAUGCUGAAAGGCCAAGCCAGGGGAGAUGCUGAUUGAUGUUGCAAAUAUACCAACCCAGAGCUCAGGUGAGAGAUUCGAGAGGGAGAAUUGGAGGUGCAGAUGGCUACUGAGACUGUGGAGGUGGGUGAUAGAACCCAGAGAAGGAGUAUAAAUGGGGAAGAAAAGGGGCCCCUGCUGGGCUGCAGAGGAAAGCUGGCAGGCAUGGAAGGAGUGGGAGGAGGCUGGGGAACGUCUACGGAGCUCCAUGGCCUGGCUUUCUUUGCCUCUGCAGCCUCAGUUGCCUCUCCUGCAAAUGAGAACCAGGACUAAGUCUGUUAGUUUGAUUCCUGCUCUGAUCCCUUCAGAGGGAGCAUGCAAAGAUGCAUCUGGAUCACUUAAAAUGAACAAAAGGAAAUAGGGAUCCAUAAUUUAAUGCCAACUGAAUGCAUGUGAACUGAUGAAUAGGCAAUUAAAGGAAUGGUCAGACAUGGGCAUGAAUUGGGAAGGAUUCCUAGAGAAGGCUGGGGUAUCUGAAAUGGCUUUGGAGAAAGUGGUUGAUUUGCUGUGAUUCCAAUCAUCCACUUCCCAAUCUGAUUCGGGGAGGCUUACGAAAGAAGAGUCACGUGACAGAAGGCCUGGGCACACGCUUUUCCAGACUCUCUCUCUCCAAGCGCAGCCACUUUCCUGGGCUGUUUAACAUGGUUUCUAGAGUUAGAAACUAUCAGAACGAUUGAUAUUUGUCCCAGGGUAUAUUUCUGAUGGGAACCCUAAGUGCAGAUAGCCCUGAGAAGCUAAGUGGGGCAACUUAAUGAUGCUCUUGGGCUCUCUCCUCUGACUUCGGGGGAUAGGAGCAUGACACAAACAUGGCUACACACUGGGAUGGUGCACUGGCUUCAACAGGGCAAGACAGAGUCAAGGAUGAUGUGCUGUGGUCCACAGAAGACAUGGCUCUAAACUGAAGCUCUUCUGGGAUGGGGAU